AUGGAAUCAGGGAGCAACAGCACAAGAAGAAUUCCAAAAUUUCUUCUUGGAUUUUCAGAAAACCCAGACCUUCAAUUCCUCAUUUUUACACUGUUCUUGUCCAUGUACCUGGUCACAGUGCUUGGGAACCUGCUUAUCAUCAUGGCCAUCAUCUCACAGUCUCACCUGCACACACCCAUGUACUUCUUCCUCUCUAACCUGUCCUUUGUGGACAUCUGCUUCACCUCCACCACAGUCCCAAAGAUGCUGCUGAACAUCCAGGCACAAAGCAAGGGCAUUACCUAUAAAAACUGCAUUUCCCAGAUGUUUUUCUUUAUGGUUUUUGGACAACUGGACAACUUGCUUCUGGCUGUGAUGGCCUAUGACCGAUAUGUGGCCAUCUGUCUCCCCCUACAUUACACAGUCAUAAUGAACCCCCAGGUCUGCAUGCUGCUGGUUCUGCUGUGCUGGGUUGUUAGCUUCCUGCAUGCCUUGCUACAGAGUUUAAUGGUGCUACAGUUGUCCUUCUGCACAGAUGUAGAAAUUCCCCAUUUCUUCUGUGAGCUUAACCAACUGGCCCAACUCACCUGCUCAAACAACUUUCCAAGCCACCUGAUGAUUCAUCUUGCCCCUGUCCUAUUGGCAGCCACUUCCCUCAGUGCAAUCCUUUACUCUUACUUCAAGAUAGUCUCCUGCAUAUGUGCUUUUUCCUCAGUUCAGAAGAAGUACAAGGCCUUUUCCACCUGUGCAUCGCACCUCUCCAUUGUCUCCUUAUUUUAUAGCACAGGCCUGGGAGUGUACCUCAGUUCUGCUGUGACCCAUAGCUCACACUCUGCUUCAAGAGCCUCAGUGAUGUACACUGUGGUUACCCCCAUGCUGAACCCAUUCAUUUAUAGUCUAAGGAAUAAAGAUGUGAAGAGAGCUCUGGAAAGACUCUUAGGAGGAAAAUAA